UCUAUUAUCUUAUAAAUAUAUUUCAUCUCAGGUCAUUUGAAACUCACUGCUGUCCACAAUCUUCCAUUCAAUUUAUCAUUUCCUCCUCUAAAUUCUUGUGUCUCCUUUUCUCAUUCUCAUCUUUUUCACAGGAAGGAGAAAGAGGGAGAGGAGGCAUAAGAGAAACUUCGGCAGAGAAAGUCCUUGCGGAAGAGUGAAACUUUGUUCCUCUCUUUCUCUGUCGCUCCUGUUCGUUUCGGCCACGCUUUGAUCAUUCGGUGAUCUUUGUGUAACGAAAGCCAUGGCCAGUUUUGGAGGAACCACACAAAAGUGCAUGGCAUGUGAAAAAACAGUUUAUCUCGUUGAUAAGCUAACCGCAGAUGGUCGUAUUUAUCAUAAGGCCUGCUUCCGAUGCAACCAUUGCCGGAAUACCCUUAAGCUAAGCAACUACUGUUCUUUUGAGGGGGUGCUCUAUUGCAGACCACACUAUGAUCAACUCUUCAAGAGGACUGGCAGCCUGGACAAAAGCUUCCAAGGAACACCCAAAACUCAGAAACUAGAAAGACAGAUCUCUGAGAAUGAGAAUACCAAGACAGUGACAAACAUGUUCUCGGGCACCACAGAAAAAUGCAUGUGUUGCAAAAAGACUGUGUAUCCCACUGAGAGGGUUACGGUGAAUGGGACUCCCUAUCACAAAGGCUGCUUCAAAUGUACCUAUGGAGGUUGUACUAUAAACUCAGCAAACUUUGUUACACAUGAAACAAAGCUCUACUGCAAACAUCAUCACAUUCAACUCUUCAAAGAGAAAGGGAAUUACAGUCAGCUUGAGACUGAAAUUACUGUUUAAUGUCUAGGAAAAAGAAUGUUGGUAGUUUUGUAAGAUGGGUGCUUCAAUUUUGCAUAAACGUUAUUAUGGUUUGUGCAUGUUAAAACAAAUGUAUUGAUGAGACAAGUACGAUAAGUAAGGUGUAGACAUAGGAAAUUUGCUAUGUAUGCAUCUUAUUUUUACUAAAAUUAUAAAGGCUCUGUGCUGCUUUUAGUGAUGAUUUCCAGAUUCAUACAACAAAAUAUUAGACAAACUCAUCAAAAUACAAAUGCUAGCAACAAAUGAAAUUUUCAUAUAAAGGCAUCAAACAAAACACUAGGAAAAUAAAAAACGACCAAUCUUUUAAUGAGACAGUAAAAUGUUUGGAAGGAGUAAUUCAUGACUUCACUUUCAUAAAAGCAAACAACCAACAAGUAAAAUAAAAAGAUACUAUAAGAACAAUAAUGAGUUCAAAUUCAAAAUACACAUGUACUCAGUCCAAUUUGUGCAAAGUAAUAUCUCCUCAAAAGCAUGCAUCCAAGAGACAACAGCAGCAAAGAGCAGCCAAGC